CACUACUCUUACCAUCUUUGGAAAAUGGAUUGCACAGCUGGGAAGUCAACACAUCAGAAACAUGCCCCCAUGCAUACCCAGCCAACACCUGGAAUCAAUACAGAGCUGGCAGCUGACCUCAAAUGGACUUUCUCAUGGGUCCCACCAUUGGCAGCUAAUGCUCAUGAUCUGGAUGACUAUCUUGCUGGCCCUGAAUCCAUCACAGAUGAAGAACUUGUUGAAGCUUUUGCAGAGCUCAAGUGUGAGAAAGCAGAGGCAUGCAUGAGUGAUGUCAAUCAGUUGGAUGAUGGCUCACUGUCCAGAGUUCUUGAUGGAGGUUUGUAUGCAUGGGAUGAACUUGAUCAUGUGGAUAAGGGGUUGCCUCCA